GCAGUUAUGCAAAUCGAGGACCCAGUAAAUACAGAAAAAUUCGAUCGCAUAUAAAAUAAUUGAAAUAUUAAGGAAAGUAGCUAGUGAUUAAUAUAAUUAAUACGUGAUUCAAUCAGACAUUAGCCAAAAUUAUUGGAUAAACAAAUGGCUGGAGAACGUAAAGGAACUUUAAAACUCGAGUAUCUGCAGAAAAUUGAACGAGAAAUUCAGGAGAAAUGGGAACGUGAGAAGACUCACGACUCUGAUGCUCCAAAGGAACCAAGGAAAACGCUGGAAGAGAAAUUUUUCGUGACAUUUCCUUAUCCUUAUAUGAAUGGUCGACUUCAUCUUGGACAUACAUUCUCACUGUCAAAAGCCGAAUUUGCUGUACGUUAUCAUCGCCUUAAAGGCAGAAAUGUUCUAUUUCCACUCGGAUUUCAUUGCACAGGAAUGCCAAUUAAAGCUUGUGCUGAUAAACUUAAACGUGAAUUAGAGACUUUCGGAUAUCCACCAAAUUUCCCAGCUUUUGAAGAAGUUGUUGUUGAAGUGGAACGAGAUAUUGUGCCAAAAGAUAAGAGUAAAGGUAAGAAAAGUAAGGCUGUUGCGAAAUCAUCUGGUGCUAAAUAUCAAUGGCAAAUUAUGCAAAGUCUUGGACUUCAAGAUGAGGAAAUUAAGCAAUUUGCAGACACUGAUCACUGGCUUGACUAUUUUCCACCACUUGCAAUUCAAGAUUUAAAGAAAAUUGGUGCUCAUAUUGACUUCCGUCGUACAUUCAUUACAACUGACGUAAAUCCAUUUUAUGACUCAUUCGUUCGCUGGCAAUUCUGUUUAUUAAAAGAGAGGGGAAAAAUCAUGUUUGGAAAACGCCAUACAAUUUUCUCGCCCAAAGAUGGUCAGCCAUGCAUGGAUCAUGAUCGUUCAAGUGGUGAAGGUGUUGGGCCACAGGAAUAUACUUUAAUUAAAAUGAAAGUUGCAAAAAAUAAAGUCCCAGAAAAGCUGAAGAAUGUAAAAACUGAGAUUUUCAUGGUUGCGGCAACUUUAAGGCCAGAAACAAUGUAUGGACAAACUAAUUGCUGGGUACAUCCAGACAUUAAGUACAUUGCAUUCGAAACAACAAGAAAUGGUGAAGUUUGGAUUUGUACGAGACGUGCAGCUAGAAAUAUGGCAUAUCAAGGAUUUACUGAGAAAACUGGCGAUGUUAAAGUUAUUGCUGAAUUAACUGGACAAGAAUUGAUAGGACUUGCAUUGUCAGCUCCACUCACGCCACAUAAAGUUAUCUAUACUCUUCCAAUGUUGACAAUUAAAGAGGAUAAAGGAACUGGUGUUGUUACUUGCGUACCAUCUGAUUCGCCUGACGAUUAUGCUGCAUUAACUGAUUUACAAAAGAAGCAACCUUUUAGAGAAAAGUAUGGAAUUACUGAUGAAAUGGUUCUUCCUUACAGUCCAAUCUCAAUUAUUGAAGUUCCUGGACUUGGAAAUCUUAGUGCUGUGACUGUAUGUGAACAGCUUAAAAUUCAGUCUCAAAAUGAUCGUGACAAGUUGGCUGAAGCUAAAGAACUUGUUUAUUUGAAAGGAUUUUAUGAUGGAAUCUUAUUAGUCGGUGAAUUUGCAGGCAAAAAAGUUCAGGAUGUUAAGAAAGACUUAAAGAAGAAGCUUGUCGAUCAAAAUGAAGCUGACACAUAUUAUGAACCAGAAAAGACAAUUAUGUCAAGAUCUGCAGAUGAAUGUGUUGUAGCUUUAUGCGAUCAAUGGUAUAUUAAUUAUGGCGAGGAAGAAUGGCUGAAAAAGACACAAGGAUUAUUGAAAAACGUCGAAACUUAUCAUGAGGAAUCUAAAAAAGCUUUUGAUCAUUGCCUUGACUGGCUCCAUGAAUAUGCAUGCUCAAGAACUUAUGGAUUAGGAACUAAAUUACCAUGGGAUCAACAAUGGCUAAUUGAAUCACUUUCAGACUCGACAAUUUACAUGGCUUACUACACAAUUGUUCAUCUCCUUCAAAGUGGAAGUUUUAGAGGCGAGAAACCAAGUCCAUUAGGAAUUAAAGCAGAGAUGAUGUCACCGGAAGUUUGGAAUUACAUUUUCUUUUCUGAUGCUAAAUAUCCAGCAAAUUGUAAGAUUAAGAAGGAAAAUUUGGACAUUCUUAAGCGUGAAUUUAAUUAUUGGUAUCCAAUGGAUCUUCGUGUUAGCGGAAAGGAUCUUAUUAAUAAUCACUUGACAUUUAUGUUGUAUAAUCAUACAGCAAUUUGGAAAGAUGAGCCUGGAAAGUGGCCAUUAGGUGUUCGUGCUAAUGGACAUUUGUUGUUGAAUUCUGCAAAAAUGUCAAAAUCUGAUGGAAAUUUCUUGACACUUCAUGAAGCUGUUGACAAAUUCUCAGCUGAUGGAACUAGAUUAUGUCUUGCUGAUUCUGGUGAUAGCGUUGAAGAUGCUAAUUUUGUAGAAGUAACUGCAGAUGCUGGAAUUUUAAGACUGUUCACAUUCAUUGAAUGGGUUAAGGAAAUGAUUUCAAGUAAAUUGCUAUUCAGAACUGGACCUAAAGAUGCUUUCUAUGAUCGAGUCUUUAUUAGUGAAAUGAAUCAUCUUACGAAGCAAACUGAUGAGAAUUACAAUAAAAUGUUAUUUAAGGAAGCUCUUCGUACUGGCGUUUUUGAGUUCCAGAAGUCGAGGGAUACGUAUCGCGAACUUUGUGGAUCCAACAAUAUGCACAUUGAUUUAGUCUUUGAUUUUAUUGAACGUCAAGCUUUGUUGAUGGCACCAAUUUGUCCACAUAUUGCUGAACACAUUUGGCAAUUACUCGGAAAAUCAGGAAGCAUUGUUAAUGCCAAAUUCCCAGUUGCUGGUCCAGUCGAUGAAAAGUUGAUACAGUGCUCUGAAUAUUUAAUGGAAGCUGCUCAUGCAUUCAGACUGUCACAAAAGAAGGCUAUGAGUGCUAAAGGAGCUCAAAAACCUACAAAUGGUGUUAUUUGGGUAGCAAAGACCUUCCCACCUUGGCAAAGCUGUGUGUUGGACACAAUGAGAGAUCUGUUUGAGAAAAACAAAUCGGAAUUGCCAGACAACAAGACAAUUUCAGUUGAAUUGGCAAAGAAAGAAAUUCUCAAGAAGCACAAGAAAACAAUGCCUUUCGUUCAAAUGGUUAGAGAUCGUGUAACAACUCUUGGAAAAGUAGCAAUGGCAGUGACUGUCGAUUUUGAUGAACAGGAAAUUCUUACAACAAAUUUAGAAUAUUUGAAAUCUACACUUGAUCUUGAGCAGAUUGAAAUCAAAUUUACUGACGAUCCAACAGCAUCUGAGAACACAAAAGAAGCUGUCCAGCCAGGAACUCCAUUUAUAACUUACACUGUUAAACCAUCUGUUAAAGUCACACUUGAAAAUCCUAUUCCAAGAUCGGGACUUUUUACUCAGUGCAUUAAUGUCUCAGACGGUGACACAGUCCAAAGUCUUAAAGAGAAGUUGGCAAAAAACCUAGACUUAAAAUUGAUUGCUGCAAUCAAGCUAUGGAGAUUUGAGGAUCAUCUUCAAGGACCAAGAAAGAUGCCAGUCUUUAACGAUUACAAGAAUGGAAAGCAACAACUGGUUGAUGGAACUUUCUCCAUAGAUACAACAGCGUCAACAACGUACAUCACAGACAAUGCAGGAAGUAAAAUUGAACUUGGAUCAAAUCUUGUGUACAUCAUUGAAUGACUAGAACUUUAGGUCGUGCAUUAACUGAUCAAAUAAUGAUGAUUUUAUUGGCUACAUUAUGUAUUGUGUCUAUCUAUUGAUUAAUGAAUAAAACAAUUUUG